CAGAGAGAGACGGGCGCUGGGAGGGAAGACCCAAGGUGGGAGAAGUGGUGCUGCAGGGAGCAAGGGGUGGAGGAGCCCCGCUGACAGUGUCCAGGGGACCUAACACGAAAGGGGGAGUGUGACCAGCACAUGAUCCAUGGAGGGGGCCGACGCAGACACAAAGAAGAAGCAGAAAGCGGAUGAAGGCGAGAAAGUUGUCACAAUGGUGUCACACGCUUUGCUCUUCACGGUCUCGUUGGCUGUCUUUCUAACGCAGAUUAUACUUAGCCGGCUGUCCGAUUCUCUGCUCACUCUGACUGACUCCGCUCACACGCUCUCGCUCGUCAUUGCCCUUUGUCCUAGUCUCAUCCUUACCCACGUACCUACCUUACUCCCGUAUGCCAAGGCCCGACUCUCCACUUUCUUCUCGCUACUCUCCCCACUCUUUCUUUCCUCCCUUUGUCUGUCUCUCACCCUAGGGUCACUCGGACAUCUCGUGCAUCCGCACCACUCUCACCGUCCCGCUCUCGUCUUUGUGGCUGGAGUCCUCGGGCUGCUGUUCAAUGUCAUUUAUAUGGCUGCUACUGGAACGUUUCAAGGUCUGUGUCUACCAGGACUACAGCAACAUCAGCCCAGGUGGUAUCUGGUCCUGCGCAUGCUCUGUUCUCUUGCACCUUCAUCACUCCUUCUCGCCAGCAGCUUGCUGCUCCAUCUGUUCAGUCACCCAGCCGUGCACUACCUAGACCCCGCUCUCUCCUUGGUCUCUAUAGUAAUCAUCAUUGCUUCGGUCUACUCAGACAUUGUUCAAAAUGGCAGCAUCCUCCUCCAAGCUGUUCCUCCAUCUGCUAAAUUACAGAGCCUAAAGCUGGACCUAGACUCGCUCUGCGGCCAUAACGGACAUCAUGAACUUCACGUAUGGGCCCUUGCUCCAGACCACGGUGUGGCCUCUCUCCACGUUCAUUGUUCUGACAUGGAGGAAUACAAGACCAUCUUAGGCCAGGCCAAAAUUCUAUUUAAGAGCCAUGGCAUAAGAGAGUUGACCAUACAACCAGAGUUUGCAAGCCCUGGGAUGUGUGCUUUGGCCUGUGGACCUUCUUGUGCCCAUCACUCUUGUUGUCGCUCUCCACAUACGUUAAGUAACGAUUUAGUCUUGGUCAACUCCUGCAAUUAAAUGUAUCAGGAUCAUGAAGAUGAAGUUCUUCGCUAGCUAAUGGACGCUUAGGUAACUUAUAGAACUUGAAAAGACUAAACCCAUAACCAACUAUA